ACUUGGAGACAUUUACAUGAUAGGUUUCAUCGAUGUGAAGCAGCCUGUGGUGUCUAUAGAAUACCUCAGGUAGAAAUAGACAGGAGGAUACUGCACCAUUGAUGGGUUCAGCGCCGACGCACGAAGCAUAAUGAAAUUUUUAAAAAGAAGGGAAUUGAACACAGUAGUGCUAGAAACCAGGUGAUGGCGGGAACUGUGGAGGGGCUCGUGGGUGAAUAGUGGUGGAUUUAGAUAGGCACCAGAAACUGGAAGAGCAAAGUAGUAGUGGGAUUCCAAAUCAGUCAUUGCAGUGCUGAUCGGCGCUACACGUUGAGGCUUUCGAUAAGUCAUCAGUUGUUUUUAACUACUCGACAAUAACGUGUUAUCUUACUCACGUGCCGUGACAUUGAUUUACUUUACCAAUUUUGGUGUAUUUUUUGCCAUUACAUCACAUCAUUUAUUAUCCAGCUGCAAGGAUGGACGACAAACAGACUGAGCACAUUGUAAUGACACCUAAAUGCAAGACAGCCAAGUCAACAACAUUAGUAAUUGAACGUCAAGCUAUCACUUCGUCAAUUGACAAAUCCAAUCAACAGGAUGCUUAUGUAGCAGGUGGUGACCAUAAAGGAAUUGUUAUCAACAAACAUGCUAAUGCAGUUGCCAAUGGUUUGUCUGAUAAUACACCCGCUCAUUUAUGUCUUGAAUUUCGUGUUUUUCUGGUCAGUGCACAAACUAAAAAGCACACCCAGGAAUCCCGGACUCUAAAAUUUUGGUUUGUAAAUUCAUUGCCAGAGACUGAACAUGCUAGUGUAGCACAAGAAUUUUUUAAAGAGCUCGUAAGCCCUCAAGAAUUUCCACGAGAUUACGUUGGAUUCAUCAAGAAAAUAAUGAAAUUAAUGCAGCAUAAAUACGUUGGUAUAAAGAAAUUAGAAGUUGAAUUAAAGCAACUUGAAGAACCGAUUACAUUACCAAGCAGACCAUUAUCUGCUGAUGAAACAAUAAUGGGCCAAAUUGUAGAACUCACUUCAGAAAAGGUACUUGAACUUAUUGAAUCAGCGUAUCCAAACCCUGUUACCAUUGCAGACAUGGCUAAAGAAUAUAACUGGGAUGUUGAUGCGGUAAAUACUAUAAUGAUAGAACUCCAAAAGAAAGGAGUGGUAAAAGCUAUGGAGCAUGGAGCAUUCACGAGAGUUGCUCAUCAAGACACGCAGAUUAAAGUCGUAAAACAGAUGCCAGCGAUGGCUAAUGCUAAACAACCAACAAUAGCCAUCAUUACAGCUCAAUACUGCGAAAAACUAGCAGUGGAUUCAAUGAUUGAGAAUAAAGAAACCUUUGUACGCUAUACGACUGUUGGUACUGCAAGCUCUCCUGAUACUACUGAUAAUGGUGUACCAAGAGUCAUUUGUCGAUUCGGUGAAUCGAAUGUUUAUACUUUGGGAAAUAUUGGUGAUCACCGAAUAGUUUGCACAAAACUUCCUACCGUGGGGCACACGAGGGAAGCAAUAACGGCAGCAGGAAAUACCACAACAAGAUUACUUGGUACAUUCCAGAAGGUUGAUUAUGUUUUUCUAGUCGGGGUUGGCGGUGGUGUGCCUCAUUAUACAGAUUAUAAUAAACAUGUGAGAUUGGGAGAUGUGGUUGUGUCAUAUCCUACUAUGACAAAUAAAAAAUACGUUUAUAUUUACUGUGAAAAUGCCAAGGCAGAUGAGAAUGGCAGUUAUCAUUUUGAUACCAAAGAAUAUUGUCCAGUUAAUUUAGGAUUACAAGAAUUAGCUAUGAAUUUGAAAAAAAAUGCAGAUGAAAAGUCUGAUACACCGUGGAAAACAUAUUUAAAGGAAGGUCUCGAAAACUUGGAUAAUCUUCAAUCAGAGCAUGACUUUAAGCAACCACCAUUAGAAUCUGAUAAGCUGUAUAUGGCUAUCGGUGAAAGAGAUGUUAUUGAGGUUGCUCAUCCGGCCGCUCCUCAAGAUAUCUCAAAUAAAAGAAUGAUGGGCUGUCCACGUAUUCAUUUAGCAUCAAUAGCUUCUGGUCGUCAAAUUUCUCGAGACGAUCAAUUACGACAGAAAUUCGCAUCACGGUUUGGCUGUCUAGCCUUUGAUGGAGAAAUGGAUGCUGUAGUUGAGAGCAUUUUAGGUAACUGUCGCGAAAGUUUUGCAGUUGUUCGAGGAAUUUCUGAUUACAAAGAUGGAUCACGAGGCAAAGAAUGGCAACCUUAUGCUGCUUUAGCUGCCGCAAGUGUUGUAAAAUCCAUCAUCUAUGCUAUGGAUCCACCUAGUGUUUAAUUUAACUUAAGAAUUCAUUAUCAAGUCUGAAAUAAUAAGAUGACUGUAUACGUAAGCAGCUUUCUUCAAGAAUGUAAGUAGUAUUUUAGAUUUAAUGGAAAGAUAUAUAACAAUAAGAAAAUUUAAGUAAUGUUACUGAUGGUUUACUAAAUGUCUAUAAAAAUGUGAUAGAAUUCUGCAUUUUAAUUUAAAAAAAUAAUGCAUUAAUAUCGUGAUGAAAUAAUACAGACAAAAUAAUCAAAGCAUGAAUAUAUGUCAAGCCAUCAAGCUGUGGCCAAUUUAACAAAUAUAAUAGAGUUUAUUAAUAGAGAUAUAAAUGAAUUAAAGUAAAAUCUAUAUCAGAAUAUUUAAUGAAAUAUAAAACAUAGAAAACAUAUAAGAAAAAACAUUUUAAAAAAUUUAUAGAAAUAUAUAAAUAUACCAAUGUGUUCAAUCUCUAUGAAAAUUGCUGCCAUAUUUUGAAUCAUUUUACAUUCACGUCUAAACGUGAUUUGUUUACCUUAAAAAAAAACUUUUAUGAUCUAAAGCACAGGGUAAAUUGUAAAACUUUAAAAGUAGAGGAGAAUAAAAUCCGUUGAAA